AUGGCCACCUCUAGAAAACAUUAUGGCCUUCAAACGGCCAAUGAAGCUAUUAUGUGCUGCCCGCAAAUGUUAAAAGCAUUUUAUGUGGAUUUAUUAGUGCCAUUAGAAACAAAUCUCGAAAAAGAUACAAAAGUUGUGCAACAUGAACAGAAAAAAUUCUUGCAACAACACAAAGUACGCAUGGAAAGUUAUCAGAAAGCAGUCUCAACUAUGAAAAAACAACGCAAGAAGAAAGCCAGUCCUGAAAAUACUGAAAAGGAAUUGAGGAGUUUGCAAAUUUUGGAAGAUCAGAAGAAAAAACUUGAUGCUUUUUGUGAGCAAAGCUACAAAAAUGCCAUGACACAAGAACGACGUCGUUAUGGUUUUGUCUUGGAACGUCAGUGUUCCAUUGCGAAACAUUGGAUGGCUUAUCAUAAUACCGGCAAAAGCGUAAUCGAUAAUAAUUUGGAAAAUUGGCAAGAAAUUGCAGCAUCGCGUGAGGUUAUACCUACUUUGGCAUAUGAGACUAAUCUCAACGGACAUAAACGUAUUGAACGCAUCAGAGAUGCUGAUGAAAACCAUAGUCAUAGCCAUAACGCUUCACAGCUGAAGAAAGCACGUAGUGUUGAUGCACCAUACGGUGAUAUGCGCACUUUACAUGAAACCAGUAAUAAUUACACACAAAAUUCAUUACCACGUGCCAAAUCAGAUUUUAAUUUGACAGCUACAACCACAUCAUCAAACGAUCAUACUGAUCACACACAUUGGGAUCAACGUCCUGUAGUCAAGGCACUCUAUGCCUACAUGCCAUCCGGUGAAAAUCAAUUACCUUUCGAUGAAGGUGAUAAGAUUGCUUUGGUUGGUAGUAAAGCUAAAGGUUGGCAAUUUGGUGAAAAUUUGCGUACCCAAAUGUUUGGUUGGUUUCCCAUUGCCUACACAAAUGCUGAAGGCAAUGAGAAGAAUAAACUUGAACAUGAACGCAACGAACGCAACGAUCGUUACGAGAAUAUGCAUUUCGAGCAUAAUAAUGGCGGCAUGCGUAAUUAUAGAAAUCAGUAUAUGUCGGAGACCCAUAUGGAUACAACCAUGGAAAGUGAUUCGACCUAUAGAAGACGCAAUAAUAGCGCUGAGGAGUCAUCACCGACUAGAAUGUUUGGUGAUACUAUUAAUUUCCGUAAUCAAAAGAAGUAUCGUCCACAAUCAAAUGGCAACCCACGACCCGGGCCGCCACCAACUCUGCCAGCACCAGUGCCCACAAAUCAAAAUUCAAAUCGUAUGUUGAAUACAUCACAAAGUUUUUGUGCACCAAAUGGUGCUCCAUCUGUAAUAGAGCGUCGUAAGCAUAAGGCACAAAACGGACAACAAACAUCACAUACUUCCAUGAAUCAUGUGAGCUCUAGCAAUCAAUCGAAACCAACAGCAACUGCUAAAGCUUCACUACAUAGUAGUGCCGAUAGUGGUUUCUCCAAUGAACCCCCACCACAACCCGAAGUCGAUUAUUCUGAUGAGGAACAAACUAGUCGUGUACCCAUACGACGACGUGCUGACACAAACUCUCAUAAUCCACGUGAAGUAGCUUCCUGGACAUUGAAUCGUAAUUUCCGCAACAGCGUGGAUAGUCAGAUUGAUGAUAGGAGUUUACACACACUCAAUAGACAUAGCAAUAAAAUGAGAUACGAUCUCAUUGCAAGUGACGAUGAAAUAUUGCAUGCUUCGAGCGGUGGCAUAAAACGUACUAAGUCAUUUUGGAAAUUCGGUGGGCGUCAUGAUGAUAUUUUAGCGGGUAUGUCAUUAUGGCAACAUCGUGACUUAGUAGCCGCACCAAAUCUUGAAGAAAUGCGUGAUGAGCUCAACAAUGAAACUGAACAGCAAGAGCAUGAUUUCGAUAAAAAUGCUACGCUCACAAAAUCAAAUUCAAAUUCCAAUUCCAAUUCCAGUUCAACACAUGAGAAACGACGUAAAGAUAGCAUUACCAGUAUGGAAAUGUAUGACGACGAUGAAAAUAUUUACGGUAUGAGUCCGGUAAUGCAACGCGAAAAUAUAGUACAGCAACGGAAUUCUACACAAUCCACAAUGCAAUCGAAUUUUACACCCAAAUCACGCAUGAAAAUUAUGAAAACAAUCGAAAUUGAUAUAGAAAAUCCAACGGAGAGUGAACGUUUAAGCACCAUAAAACGAGGACAAAAGGAAUAUCAGAAAGAGUAUAGAGAAAGUGGUAUGAGCCAGCAAGCGGUCAUGAGAAAUUCGAAUGGCAGAGAACAGGAACUUAAGAAAAAUGCUAAUAUGAAUAUGCAAAAUAGAAACUCUUCAAAUAAUGCAAGCAAAAAAUUGAAUGAUAUGAAAUCGAAUCAUCAUUCGACCCCACAAACGAAAUCGCAACCAGCGCAAAGUAGAGCUGUACUUCAGGAUAUGUUACCUUCGACAGAGGAUGAAGCUGACAGCGAUGAUAAUGGCACACUAAAAAUGAGCGAUGUUAAUAAUUUUUUUGAUGAUUUGCCGCGUGACAACACAGGCGGUGGUCUUAUCAUGAAAACAGUUAAACGUAAAGACAUACUUAAACAAUAUUAUACGAGUGAAGAUGAAUCGGAUGAUGCUGAAAUAAAAUCCACUAGUUCCGAUCCAUAUGAUUGCAUUGUCAUCAAUGAUCAUUUAGUGCGCAAGGAUGACAAACAUAGACGUCAAAUGCACAAUUCUUAUCAGGAACAUCAAAUGGAGUUUCAAACAUUUCGUGCCACUACGACUUCAGCUUCACAAGGCGCAACAUCAACCAUGAAUAAAAAGAAAAAUGAUAACAGAAUUACAAAUGGCGGCUCUUCCGCUACAUUAAAACAGCAACAAAAACAUAAGCAGCAACAACAACAACAACAUAGAGAACAACAACAAGAACAGGAACGUUAUAUUAACAAUAGUAACACAAUGACACGCAAUAGUAACGUAAAUUCUACAAUAAAUACACCCACUGCCACAAUAUUGCCACGGACAAGGCUAAUGAAGUGCAGUAAUACAACAAGUAUGACACUGGAACGUACACAACACAAGUCCAAUAGGCAAAACGAUACUAGGGAAAAUAGUGCCUCUGUUAGUAGUGAUAAGGAUAGGCAUUAUGGUAAAACCUAUGGACCUUGGUAUGAUUUUUGGGAUCAACAGAAUCAGCAUACGUUAGUCAGUCAGAAAUCAAUGAGCAACUCAAAAAUGAAAUCGAACGGUGGAAUGUAAGGAAGGUAAUAUCAUGGAGUUUUUAGCAUGGAGUUUACUAACGAGAAUAUAAUAUAAUGCUGUCCUACUGCAUUUUCUUACAAGUGAAGAAAGUGAAUUUGUUGGACUACUAAUAGAAACAUAAUAGAAAUCUUCUAACUCGUUAGUCUAUGUAACAAUUAACU